AUGAUCUUGCUAUAUGGCUAUCACCCAACCAGUCCUUUCGUUGGAACUGAUUUUUUCCAAGAGGUGAGAGAUUCCAAAGAGAUCAAGGAUCUCCUUAACAGGUUCAAAUCUGAUCCUAGCUCCAUGAUCGACUACUCAGUCCAUGAUGAAUUGCUUUACUGGAAGAAUAGGAUUUACAUCCAUCCCUCUUUGUUUGCUUGUAUUGAGAAGUUACUAGAAUUGUAUCAUUCUUCUCCCUUAGGGGAACAUGCUGGUCUGUACAGAACUUUAGCUUGUAUUGCCACUCACUUUUAUUGGCCUGCUAUGCGUAAAGAUGUUGCUGAAUAUAUCAAAAAAUGCCAAGUUUGUCAGCGAGCAAAAUCACUUCAAACGCAUCCAAAUGGGUUACUUAGUCCUUUACCAAUUCCAGCGCAAGUAUGGGAAGAUAUUGCGAUGGAUUUUAUCACCGGGUUGCCUGUGCAUAAGGGGUUUUCAGUCAUUAUGACUUACAGCACUGAGGUUCAUUUUGAAGUCGGCGACUUUGUAUUUGUCAAGUUGCAGCCGUACCGACAAACUUCCCUCCAGCCACGCCAAAACAAUAAGUUAGCUCUCAAGUUCUUUGGCCCUUUUCGAGUUCUAGAGAAAAUUGGCUCUGUAGCCUAUAAACUCCAAUUACCUGAUUCUGCUCGAAUCCAUCCUAUCUUUCAUGUUUCUCUCCUGAAGAAAUGCGUGGGAUCACCUCAUGAGCAGUACAUUCCUAUACCGCUGCUCAAUGAUGAAUUACAAACUGUUGUCUCCCCAAUAGCUGUGCUGAAAAGUCAUGACCUGUUGGUUAAGGGCCAUUGGAAGAAACAAUUCUUGAUCCAAUGA